CAAUUCCUUUUCCGUCGCCUGUCGUCCCCACGCGGUUCUGCGCCAUUCAUCGGCCCGUGAUGACUUUAGCGCUGUAAAAUUAAACUUAGUGUAACACGCUUUUAAUAUCACUUUUUCUGAACCACAGAAACUUAUUCUAUGGACCGCCAAAGCGCUGGUUAUUUCGGGGCCGCGUAUCCGGCGAUCGACCCGAGUUUCCAAGUACCAGGUGGGCAGAAUGCACCAGUGUCACCUUACCUAAACUUCGACCCAGCUUACAUCAAUGCGGGUGGACCAGAAUGGAUUUUUCCAGAGGGUGCAUCACGGCAACGGGGGCGUUUUGAAUUGGCUUUCUCACAAAUCGGUGGUUCAGUAAUGGUUGGGGCAGCCUUUGGUGGAGUAACAGGAUUUUACAGAGGCCUACGAGAGACAAGCCUUGCAGGGCACACUGGCAGUGUGCGACGCACUCAAAUGCUCAACUUCAUAACCAAGGGAGGUGCUGGGUCUGCAAAUGUUCUGGGUGUCAUAGCGGUAAUGUACAGUGGAUUUGGUGUGCUACUGUCAUUUGCACGAGGUGCGGAUGAUGAACUCAACACCCUAGCUGCAGGAACUCUUACAGGACUUCUCUACAAGUCAAGCAGUGGCCUGCGGAGAUGUAUGAUGGGUGGAGGAGUGGGCCUGGGUCUGGCUGCCCUGUGUUGCCUCUGGACAAGCAAGGACCGCAUGAAGCAGAUGUUCCUCACACAUCCUGCUUGACUGCUGGCUAACCCCCUAGGUUUGCAAGACGGCGUGUCUCCAUUUCAGGUGUGCCGCCAGCCUGCAUUGGACUGUUUUUCCAGCAAGAAAGUGUGGCUGGUCUCUUAGUUGUGGACACUGACACAAAAGCAUUAAUAAAUAAGGUGCUUAGUUGUACAUAGCAACACAUUC